UACCCAUUAGGGUUCUUCGCUCUGCUUGAUCAUCACGGUAUUUCUAGCGACAUUUCUCUCGGAGGCAAGAUCCUAGCUAUUCGAGCUUGGCGCUCACUCUCAUGGCGCUGGUCUUGAUCUUCUUGCUCGCGAUCCGGAUAUUUCCUGCUACCAGGGCAUCGACGCUCUCGUCGGAUCUCCAAGCCCUCAAGGAUGUCAAGGCCGCGGUAGAUCCCUCCAGCAUUCACUCCACGACCUGUCUCGGCUCCUGGGACUUCGCCGCCGCCGAUCCCUGCGACUCGCGAUCCACAUCGCAUUUCGUGUGUGGCAUUGGCUGUAGCAGCGACGAUCCUCUCAGCCGCCGCGUCAUCAGCUUGAUCCUCGACGGCUCCGGCUACAAUGGUACCCUCUCUCCAUCGCUGGGCAGCUUGACCGCGUUACAGGUGCUCGAUUUCUCUGGAAAUUCCUUUCACGGCACCAUUCCAGCGUCCCUGGGCCAGCUGACUAGCCUCAUCAAGCUCGACCUGUCAAGGAACUCUUUCACCGGCGCGAUUCCAGACACCAUCUCACAGCUCUCGAAUCUAUCCUACCUCUCCGUCGCCAACAAUCACCUCGAGGGGCCGAUUCCCAGCUCCAUCGCCAAUCUAUCAACCAUCGAGAGGCUCUUCCUCCACAACAACCAGCUCGCCGGAAAGAUUCCCUCGCUAGAUGGUUUGCAGAGGCUGAGCUACUUCGACGCUAGCAACAACCGGCUGUCCGAGCUGCCGCUCAAGCUCCCGGUUUCGCUGCUCCAACUUUCGCUGCGAAGCAACCAACUGGGUGGGAGCUUUCCACAGAAUCUAGUCCAGCUCCAGGGGCUGGAAGUUCUGGACCUGAGCUACAACCAGUUCGUCGGGCACCUGGAUUCGUCGCUGUUCGAAUUGCCAUCUCUCCAGCAGCUCACGGUCUCGCACAACCAGAUCUCUUCGCUGGGUGUUCCACGACUUUCCAACGUGGAGAGCGAGCUUGUGGCGGUGGACAUAAGUUACAACCAGCUCGAAGGUGCUCUGCCCGUGUUCUUGGCAAACAUCAGCAGGCUCUCGGCACUCUCGCUUCGCUACAACAACUUCAGUGGCACCAUCCCUUACGAGUUCGCUUCCAAGGCGAGCUCGGCUUCCAACGAGGUCCAGCCGCUCAUGCGCUUGUUCCUGGACGGCAACUAUCUCAUCGGCGAGGUUCCUCAGCCAUUUCUCGAGGUUCCGGGAAGGUUUAGCGCGAGUUUUAUCUACAACUGCCUGGCCAAGUGCCCGGAGAGCUUUGCGUUUUGCCAAGGAGGUGGACAGAGGCCAAAGUCGGAGUGCCCGACUCUGUGAGGACUGAAUCCAACAGCCAGGAAGGAGGACGAGGAAGCGAAAACAGGACAAGAACUAUACGUAUGCAGCAGUCAGCUCAGCUCUGGGUUUGGAUGUCAUAUACUAACCGCGUGUGGAGGAAUUUGCAGUCACGUAAUACGUCUUACUGUAGGUGAGAGGGAGACGAGCUACCUAGCUUUUGAUCAGAUCGUCUCUCCAAACUGUUGCUAUCCUACAUAGAGGUGCACAGAUGAUGAACAUGAGGAGAAAGAGGAUCAAGCUUUUCUUUCUUUUUAAGUAGUGCGAAGAUCUUUACUGGAGUAUCGCGGCAAAUCCCAGAAACUUCCAGCUUUUCAAAGAAUGGAGCCAGUGAGACAGACCAAGCACAGAUCAGACUGGGAGGAUGAGGUAGUAACACCAACAACAACAUCCAUUACAACAAGGUGUGUGAAUCGAGCCCGGGCUUUAGUGGCUUAGAGGAGGUACUAGAAAGCAAAGCUGGACUGGGAAAUUUUUGGAAGAACACAGGGAAUAGGAAGUGGACAGGGCACGUACGAGCGGGAGGAAUACAGCUGGUCUGUAGCAGCAUGAAUGGUUUUUAUUUGGAGUGAUUUGGAUUCGCCAGACAGCUAGCAAAAGGGAAAGGCUCGAUCUUCAAUGCUCGGAAAAGGAACUACUUGGGGGACCCUGGCACAGUGGUGCUGGUGCUGCUGAUGGUGGUGGUGGUGGUGGUGGUCACUCGUGGUGGCCACAAAACUAAGUAGUUUCACUGGUGUACGAUGGGACUCGACUCGACUCGACACUCUCAAUCUCCUUCUCCAGAGGCUGCCAGAGAUUCUCACAUAAGCUCAGACAAUAUCACCGUCUUCUACCCAAGAUCGGACUCUGAUCGUCCUCAUCUGGGAGGGAGAUCAAACUUUAAGCGGCGGUGGCACGGAUCUAUCUACCAGAGGCUCACAAGUGGCGCCGCGCGAAAAGGGACACACCUCACAGCCUUUUGAUUCAUGGCCGAGUGCAUGCGUUUUGGUCUAAAGUUUGUGGCCUGGUAAAACGUAUUCAUUGAGAGAAAUCUGCGAAGAUUCACGGGGCAGUAUUUUUAAUCGUUUCUUUUGUUUAUGCUGAUCUUUGGGUUCCUCGUAGGGUUUUUUAGGUCUUAAGCUCUUGCUUGUGCUCCAGUUCUAAACAUUCUAUUCAGUGAAGAACAUGAAGAACAUUGCCUUGAGUGAAGCAGUGGUGUUGUUGUUGCUCAAUUCAAUCAAUGGAGGUUUUUUUUGUU